AUGUUCUCACAGGGAUCGAUUCCAGAGGUUAAAGAGGAAGUAGUUGGGUAUGCAUUGAGUGAGCGCCGUCUCAAGAUCCCUCAGUUCCAAGAUUUGGGACCGCCCGAUCUUAUAACUAUGGUGAAAUAUAUUCCAUCUUCAGGUUCUAAUGCCGCUGAAAAAGGACACCAUCAUGCAGGCAGCACUGCGGCUGCAAGUAGUGCAGCACAAACUGCUGCUGAAUCUGCCGAUGUUAACGGUAGUAGUGCUCAGAUCAAUAGAGGGGCAGGUUCCGCUGACCAAGCCACUUUGUUAACAGGAUUACAUUCAAGCGAAAGGCUUAAAGGUGAAAUCGGUACCUUUUUCUACUGUUUAGGUGCUGAUACUUCGGAUCCCACAUCGAUUGCAGUCUUUCUAAAAUCCAUUGCAGAUACAAUUUCAGACACACCUCAAGUUUGGUUUGGUAAGGCCAAGAAUUUUAACGUUGCGCGUAUCUCUUUAUCGACUUGGAAUACUUUCCGUAAGUGUGAUGUUAAUGUCAUCGUUCAUAUUCCAGGUACUGUGCAAACUUAUAUCUUAGAUUCUAAUAGUGAACAAUCACAAAUGGGGACAUCAGCACACGAUCGUGAUUUAGUGUGGACAGAAACUUUUUUCAGUGGUAUUGUACGUUCCAUCAUGUUAAUGAAGGAUAAUUCUGAAGAAGGUGAAAUACAAAAUUUGGUUGAGACGUACAUUGUCAACCCAUUGACUUCAGGAAAAUUAGAUAGUGUUACUGAUAUCUUUAUCAAAUUAUUCCCCGUCGUUUAUGAAAGAGGUAUGCUAUUAGGUGGACCUUGCCAUGUUACAAAUGUUACCAGAACGAAUAACUAUCUAGUGGAAACGUUAGUGGAAAUCGUUAGAUUGACCCAUAGUGUGGAAAAGUGUCAAGAGAUGUUGGAAGCUUUAAUAGAAAGAUACCCUGAAGCUGUUGUAAUUCUUGUCCGUGUGUUUUUAACCAAUGACUUAGAAGUGGAUGCGCUUAGAUUAAUUAAUGAAGCUUUAGUCUCUAAAGAUCCUGAUAGUGACGAAAAUAAUUAUCCAGAACCGCCAGCUUAUUUGGAUUACAAAUCCGAACUACUUUGUGUUGAGACAGAUUUCUUAAUUGAUGUGAAGAAGGAUUAUAAAUUGGCUGAAAAGACUGCACAAGCUGCUGUCAAUUGUUCACCAAGUGAAUUUACGCCUUGGUGUCUUUUGGCAAAAGUUUACAUCCGUCUUGGUGAUGUGGAAAACGCACUAUUGACCUUGAAUGCAUGUCCAAUGACUCCAUUAAAGGAUAAAUACGCCUUGAAACGUGUUGUACCUAUUCCUACAGAUAGUAGUCUGCAUCUACCGUUACCAGUUGACGUGAUAUUGGAUGAAGUCAGUUCUUUGAACCCACAAGACAUCCAACGUGAACAUAGGUCUGCAGAUCCAGUUUUAGCCAACUUGGCAGCUUCUAAUUUGAAAUCAGUUUUCCAGGUCGCUUAUAGACUAUUGACAGAAAUCGUUAGACUCACCGGCUGGGAAACUCUACUCAAAUACAGAUCUAAAAUCUUUGUCAUGGAAGAAGAAUACCAGGGCUCUACGGAUGAAUUAAAUAAACCUGUUUCGGCAAAGGCCGUUUUACCUAAUGGUGAAGAACACAGUCAACAGAAUGGACAUUCGGAGGGUCCAUAUGUGGCUGAAAAUGGCAGUGGGCCAACAACUGCUGAUACCAUUGCUACAGAAAACACCAGUUCCAGCGUUCAUUCCCUACGUUCCAAACGUCUUUGUGAGAGGUGGUUAGAUAACCUUUUCAUGUUACUUUAUGAAGAUCUAAAGACAUACACCUUGUGGCAGACUGAACAACUGUAUUUUGAAGCACAGUAUUCGAAAUACAACAAAUUGACUUUCGAGUGGGAGUUGUUCGGUCUAUGUGCACGUCGUUUGGGUCACUAUCCUGAAGCCGCUCGUGCUUUCCAAAGAGGUCUAUCCCAACGGUUCUCUUCAGAGUGUGCGAGAAGACUAAUGGAAUACUGUGUCAAAGAACGUCAACAGAUUAGAGAACAAAGCGGAUCUCCUAACACUGAGUAUACUUCAUCUCAAAUUAUCACAAGAACCAGAGAAUUAGACAAUACGAUUAUUGACCUAUGCGUAAAAGUUUGUUGUUGGAAUCAUCGUUGGUACAUAGAAUUCUCCAUAAAGCUGAUAGACGCUUUAAGCGAAGUCAUUCAAGACAUGGGUUUCACAAAGGUUUCCAACGAAAUUGCUGCAAGGUACUCGGAACAAGUAUGUCAGCUAAUGAAGGACAACAUGCUGGACUUCUUCGCCAAUUACACUAACGGUUAUUACGACAACUGA